AAGAAAUCUGCACCACAAACAGCUGUCUAUGUAUCUAAUCUACCACUAGAUGCUGAUUUAACGGAGUUGAAGCAAAUAUUCUCCAAAUAUGGGAUCAUUGCAGAGGAUUUAUUAGCUGGCAAACCAAAGAUAAAGUUAUAUACAGAUGAUGAUGGUAAAUUCAAAGGUGAUGCUUUAGUGGUUUACCUGAAACCUGAAAGUGUUGAGCUAUCUAUUCAAAUGUUAAAUGGAACAAAAUUAAGAGUCAAUGGAGGUGAUAUAACGGUCCAAAAGGCCGAGUUUAAAGAAAAGACAGAUACUGAAGCUAAAGGGACCAAAAGACAACUCACAGAAGAAGAAAAACAGACAAUAAGGAAACGUUUAAAGGCAUUGAAUGAGAAAGCUGAAGACUGGAAUGGUGAUGAUGAUACAAUUAAUCCGAAAUGGCUUAAAACAAUUGUUAUUAAACGAGCCUUCACUCAGGAAGAGAUUAAAGAGGAUCCAUUGGUUUUGAAUGAUAUAGAGGAAGAUAUGAAGGAAGGAUGUGAAGAAAUUGGAUCAGUGGAGAAAGUGAUUGUUUUCGAUCAAGAAGAAGAAGGAGUCGUUAUGGUUCGUUUCCAUAAUAGCGACUCGGCAGUCAAGUGUAUUGAAAAAAUGGAUGGUAGAUUUUUUGGAGGUCAAAAAUUGGCUGUUUCUAGGUACAAUGGUGAACAUUACAAUAAAACAGAUGACAAAGGAAAACAUAGAAAACAUUCCCCUGAUGAAUAUGAGAAU